GGGCGGGCAGGAGCCGAGAGAGAGCGAGCGGGCUCGCCGCGCCAGAGCAACCCUUGUCUGUUGCUGCUGCUGUCGCCUUGGCCGCCGCCGGCCCGGACUCGCCCGGAGCGCAGGGUGUGUGCCCCGCUGCGCGUGGAGCGCGGAGGCUCCUCCAGCCCCAGCUCCUCGCCCCGGCCCGCGCGCGGGUCCCGGAGGGCACCGACCCCACCAUGCAGCUGCAGUUCCGGAGCUGGAUGCUGGCCGCGCUCACGCUGCUCGUGGUCUUCCUCAUCUUCGCAGACAUCUCAGAGAUCGAAGAAGAAAUCGGGAAUUCUGGAGGCAGAGGUACAAUCAGAUCAGCUGUGAACAGCUUACAUAGCAAAUCUAAUAGAGCUGAAGUUGUAAUAAAUGGCUCUUCACUACCAGCCGUUGCUGACAGAAGUAAUGAAAGCCUUAAGCACAGCAUCCAGCCAGCCUCAUCCAAGUGGAGACACAACCAGACGCUCUCUCUGAGGAUCAGGAAGCAAAUUUUAAAGUUCCUGGAUGCAGAGAAGGAUAUUUCUGUCCUUAAGGGGACCCUGAAGCCUGGAGACAUUAUUCAUUAUAUCUUUGAUCGAGACAGCACAAUGAACGUGUCCCAGAACCUCUAUGAACUCCUCCCCAGAACCUCACCUCUGAAGAAUAAGCAUUUCCAGACUUGUGCCAUCGUGGGCAACUCAGGAGUCUUGCUCAACAGCGGCUGUGGGCAGGAGAUUGACACACACAGCUUUGUCAUAAGGUGCAACCUGGCUCCAGUUCAGGAGUAUGCCCGGGAUGUGGGCCUCAAGACUGACCUAGUGACCAUGAACCCCUCAGUCAUCCAGCGGGCCUUUGAGGACCUAGUGAAUGCCACGUGGCGGGAGAAGCUACUGCAGCGACUGCAUGGCCUCAAUGGGAGCAUACUGUGGAUACCUGCCUUCAUGGCCCGGGGUGGCAAGGAGCGUGUGGAGUGGGUCAAUGCUCUCAUCCUGAAGCACCAUGUCAACGUACGCACAGCUUACCCUUCCCUGCGCCUGCUGCACGCAGUCCGAGGGAAAGCAAGUGGAGGUUGUAUUAAGGCUCAGUGGAACUGAUGCAAUGAACUUGGGAAGGAAGACAGUGACCUCUAAUCUGCCAUCUCAGGUAGGUGAUCUCCACCAGAAACAUAUGGCAGUGACUUCAAUAUGUCACCUUAAGCUUUGUGGAUUUUAUUUUCCUCAUCAGUAAGCAGAUAUGGGGAAGGUAACAUUGCUGGGGUGUGAAGACUAAAUGAGAUGACAUCUGGGCAACAACUGAUACAGAUACACUGUCACUAUAGUUGUCACCCGCACCAUUGACUCACUAAACUUUGGUUCCAAUCCUUAGCACUGCAUAGUUAGGGUGUGUUGGCUAUAAACUCAGCACUUGGGUGGUGGAGGAAGGAGGAUCAGAAGUUCAAGGUCAGCCUCAGCACCGUAGUAAGCUUGAGGGGUGCAGGAGACUCUGACUCAAAAUAAAAUAAACUAAUGUUUAAGAAAGAAGGAUUAAGUCCACAUUGAUCCAGUUAGGCUUUUCAAUAGCACCAGGCAAACUGGCAAUUCCUAAUUUCAUGCUUAUUUCUUCCCAACUGUGAGACUAGGCACCAGGGAUCUGGACACAUCAUACCCUAGGUCACAAUGGCCAGCAGAACUGUAUGUUUAGCAAUUACUCACUUGGUUCCAAUUAUCUAUUACGGGGUAAGAAGUCACUCAGAAAUUUAGGACUGAGAAAAACAGUAACGGUUCUUCUCGAUUGCUCUUCAUCAGGAGCUCAGAAAGCACUUGGUUGGAUGGUUCUAGGCCAAGGGGUACCAGCCACACAGUUGCAGUCAGAUGGUGGCUGGUGAUGGGACAUUGGAUACAGCUGCUAUUGAGUGCAUCUCUUUCCACAUCAUUUUGAGAUUAGAACCUAAGCAAACGGUGGAGGGAGGUACCAUGCUCUGAGACACAAGAACACACAUGGGAAUGCUCUCUCAUGUGUCUUUAACACAAGGGGAAGCCAUCUGAGUCAUCCACAAAGGAAGCAUGCUCAUAAAAAAAAAGGUGACAGGAAGGCAUUCAUGCUUAUGAACAAAGCUGGAUGUAUUUCUGUAUGUUAUCGCAGGGAACCCACUGGCUCCAAGAUAGAUCUAGAGACAAACCUCAACGGUAACGACUUGGAGGCUGGUGGAACAGAGUUCUCUCUGAUCCAGAGGGACACAGACCCUCUUUGGCAUCUUUUCGCUCAGAGAGGGUCUGUCAAAGAAACCUUGAACUCCAGGGCUUAGGCCCCAAGUCUUGAAGGGCAUUUAUUCCAGGAAGGAGAGCUCCAGAGUUGAUUUGAAGAUUCAAGGAGAUAAUGGAAGGCAGGGAACUGCCCUUUGGCAAUGAGAGUGAAAGUCCUUUGGAUAGGGCUGCAGGCAGCCACCUGGAAGAAGCCUCUAAAGCCUGAGCUAUUUUUAGCCAUAAUUGACUCACUUUCAUCUGUCAAAAUAGCAUUAAGCAGCAGUAAUGAGCCCUUUAAACAAACAGGCUGUUGAUCCUGGGAGCAAGGCAGCUAGCUCUCCUUGCAGGCAAGCCAGGAGGGAAUAGUGUAGGAGUAACAGGUGGGCUGCCCCACCAGGAGGUGAAGAAGGAGGUGCCUGGGGAUGGAUUUCCUCAGACAGACCCCUGAUCUUGUGAAGUACUGAGUCCACUGAGAAGGCAGGCAGCCUGUCUCAUCUGGAGAAAGCCUGCCUCUGUCUCAGGGUCCCUUUACCUGAUGUUCACUAAAAAUGAAGGAACAGGCUGGGGGGUGCAGAGUGAAAUCGUGAGAGAAAUAUCUAGGGGUUGGUAAAGAAGAAGGUGGGACACCAACUAUGCAUAAAGGAUGCUCUGUCUGGAAGUGACAAAGAAAACCCGUAGAGUAAGCAGAAAUAUUUACAAGUAGUAUGUCUGGUGAGGGACCAACAUCCAGGAUCUAUUCAGAACUCAGCUUAACAGCCAGAGCACAAACAACCAAUUCAAAAAUGGGAGAAGGAUUCAAGUACACAUUUCUCCAAAGAUAUGCAAAUGGGAAAUUAGCAUAUGACAAGUCAUUGCGCAUCACCAGUGACUGCAGAAAGCACAAAACCACAAUGGGGCUGCACAUCACACCUUGGAGCCUAACUGUCAUCAAGUAAAUUAAGGAAGUGACCAGAAAACAAGUAUCUGUGACGACUUGCAGAAUCUGAAAUUCUUAUGCUCUGCUGACAAGGAACUUAAAUAAGAGUCUACUUUUGAGGUAUGCUAGUAUCUUUGCUAACCAAUGCUCAGGAAAACCCAGUGAUUCAUUUAAGGUGACUCAGCAAUUAAGUGGCACAACCAAGAGUACCAUAUCAUCUGACUCCCGGUGUAGCAGGUGCAGUGGGAUCUUGUGCCUCUUCCUUUCCAUAUCUGUAGGUGCCCAGGGGAGGAGUUCAGUGGGCAACUCUCUCUAGAGGCAGGACAAGAUGAAUUGUCAGAACACACCAGAGUCUCAAUACCUAUGAGCACCUAGUGGGACACUAUCUUCUUAAAACCUUCUCAUCAGUGGACCACAUGGGUUUGUCUUCCCUGAUUUGCUUGGCUGUUUCCUUGCAUGCAAGAUACUCCUCUGAAGAAAAGCAGACAUGCUCAGAUGUCAACUCUUCAAUCACACAUUCUGAAUGCCGUGUGGAGGAACUGAGAUGAAAAAUAGGAAAAUGGAUGGGAGCACAUGAUGUCUUAGCUAUUGCAUAUGGGCCGGACACCAUGCUGAGCCUUAUCCCAUGUGAUGGUAAGGUUAGACUUAGCCUUGCUUUCCCCCCUUUAAAGAAAGUGAACCUUGUAGGGUCGUUUAUUCACACAAGGCUCCCUGGAAGGGACAGGUCCAGGACUCUCCCACUGUCCCUCAUCAGCUUCAUUUUACUUCUAGUGUACAUGACCAGGAAGGAGUGAAGGGACUCUAGAAGAAUAAUGUCAAGAAGAGCAAAGUCAAGAUGGACAUGAGCUUAUAAUAAUAGUAAGAAAAACAAUAACAGCACCAAAAAGCUAUAUUAUCUUGCAGGCAAAAGAACCAAAGAAAUAGAGGUAGAUUGUACUGAGGCUCCAAACAACGGGUAGUCUGGGAGUGCAGCUUACUUGUUUGGCGCACGUGAAACUCUGGGUUCCAUCCCCAGCACCUCAAAAAACAUAAAAACAAGAUACAGAAGUAAAACAAACUCCUCAACCCCUCUCUCUCUGCAAAGAGGGUGGGGAUGGAUCUCUGGCCUGGAGAAAGUGAGGCGAUCCUUGGUUCCUUACCUACAGGUCCGUUUGCUGCCCUAAGCACGGACUCUAGAUGCACAACAUCAGCAUCUCCUGGGAGCAUUUUAGACCUGUGCAUCCUCAGACCACCCAGAUGUCCAGAAUCAUAAGCCCUAGGAAAACAUCCUGCAAUCUGUGGUUUAACUGGUGCUCCACCUGAUUCCGGUAAUGGCAUAAACUUGAAAACCAUUGCUAUCUAUCACUAAACCAAGACCAGUUAACAUCCAGGGGAGACUAGCAGUGAUGUCCUCUAAAAGCUGGCCAUGGUCUCUUCUAAAUUGAGCUAUACCAGAAGGCAGUCAUCUUGGCUCUAAUUAAAACACACACACACACACACACACACACACACACACACACACACACACACACACACGAGAAAACUAUGGACACCAGUAAGCCUGAGUUUGGGAAGGUUAUUCAUCCAGGAUUUCAUAAACAGAGGGUGGGAAGAAACAUUGCAUGUAAGUGAGCUUACCAGACAGGAGCAGGAGGUGCCGUCCUGGGGUUCCUGGGUGAAGGGAAGCGCACAUAGUAUGCUGGGAUCUGUAUAGUCCCUCUAUUUACACAGGGAAUAAGUCAGCUACGAUGACAAGGUACUUCAUGGCAACUUAGAGAGCUGUAGCCUAAUUGACAGUGGGAACAAUGAAGAACAAAUGCUAGCUUUCUUCUUGGAACAGCCACACACAUAGGCAAAUAGCUCUCCUUUUUACUCUAAAGGAAACUAAGACUGGGAGAUGUUAAGUAAAUUGUCCUGGUGAGAAGGUAGAGUGUGGAUGAGACUCUGCCUGUGUGAAAUUGAGAGGUCUUUACACAUCCUCCUGCCACUCCUUAUAUCCCUAACAGAUGGACAAACCACUCUUGAAUGACCACAGACAGGCCAAUGAUGCUAAAUUCAUUGUGUUCAUGUUGACCAUUGUGUUCAUGUUGAGUCCUCUAUGACCCUGACACAAGGCUCAGACCCUGUCUCUGUUUUUGCAAAUAGUUGGAAUAGGUCACUGUUGGUUCAGUUAACAAAUUCACACGUCAGAUGAUUCUAAUAGAAAUUUCAACAUUCAGAGCCUCGGUCUUAAUUCAGAGCCUUGAAUCUAAGGGAAGAAACUGAAAAUUCUGACAAAACCAAAAUUCUGCCAUUGGGCGGGGAAAACAGUGGUGGCUUGAAACUGUGAGUGGACAGAUGGCUACCACAAAGGUUUCCAUGAUUUCAGGGCCCAACUGUGGAUCUUUUAGCACCUUUCAGAGGCAGGGAAGUCAGGGAUCACUUUAUUCCUCUGCUUGGCCAGAUCCCACUUGAAGAGUCACAUAUGCUUUUGGGGGUACCAGAUUGGAAAAGGACCACAGUGGCAGAAAAAAAUCAGGAGUUGAAACAUUUAGGAAGAGAAGGCUCUGGGGGAGCAUCAAAACAUCCUCAUUCAGUCAGGGGCUCUCAUCAGACACUUAAAAGCUCCCAGGGUACUUUAGGUUGAUGAAAUAGAGCCCUCGAGGGACUGCUAGAUUGAGCCCGUGAGGUAGCGGGUAGGUGGAGGAAAGGAGUGGGGAGAGCAAGCCAUCUGGCCACUGGUGAGAGCAUCCCAACUCCUGAGAGCCUCAGCAGCCAGGCAGCUCCCUUAGGAAGUGAUCAGUCUUCAGCACCUUUUGAAAUGUCUGGGUUAAGUGAAUCCCUGUAUGGAGGCUGUAAAGAGGGGGUACUUUGUUCAGUGAAGGUGGCCUAAGCAAAGGGACUGACUGAUAAGCUUAAACUGUAACAGUGGGUCAUCUCAUAACUCUAGAGGCUGGGCACCCCAAAAUUAGAAUGCCAGCAGCAUUGGCCCCCUAUGAGGGCUAUGAGACACCUAUCUUAGUCUCUCUUCUUUGUCUGUAGAUGGCUGUCUUCACACUCACAUAGCCUAAACAUUUCUGUUCACAAAGACAUAAGAUACCUAGGAUUAAAGCUCAUCCUAACAUCCAGUUUUAAACUUCUGAGACCACAUCACCAAAUAAGGUCACAUACCAAGGUACUGAGAAUUAGAUAGGACAGACUUCAACCCGUGAGUUUGAGGAACACAAGUCCAUAAGAGUCACACUCCACUCCAGAGUUGUUUGAGUCAAUGAACCAGUGCACUUACCAGCUCCAGUCCAUCUGAGAUUGUGACCAACCAAGGCAUUGAGAGGAGCACAAUGCAAAGCCGGCGGCUGGCAGAGCCUACCUCAAAUGCCAACAAGGUCCCAGCACAAGCAGCUCUCCCAAGAGCUUUGCCAGCCUGCAUGGUGGCCCGAUGCCCUGGCUGGCUGUUGGCCAGGGAGGAUCAUAGGAGAGUGGAUGGGAAGCCAGGCAGUUAAGUGUGGCACAGUAAGUGGGAAACUAUCAGCAGCUGGUCAUGAAUGGUUCUAAUUCAAUUACAACAACUGGGAAGGCUGUGACUCACAGAGAGGGCCAUCCCUUGAUCAGGGCAGCAGCCCCUGGUCCCUGAGCAGAUACUCUGUGAAUUGGUGCCAAAUUAAGUACCAGGAAUUUGGAGGCUUGUCUUAGAAUGGCACUUAUUCAGAUCCCCUUCUGCCAGGGCUUAGAAGGGAAGAUCAGUGGUGAGGUCCUGCCAUCUAUCACUGUGAGCAGAAGCCUGAAGGCCAAAGAGCGAGCUGUAUGAAGGGAUGGACAGUGCAGAGAACAAAGGGACAGCCCAGCAUCAGCAGGGGAGCUUUCUCCAAGCAUGCCACCCCAGUCCAUCGAGGGCCUCCCUAGCCACACCCUUCUCUUUUGCUGCACCAAUAGGUAGAUAGCCAAGGAACUACAGUUACCUCUCUGGAUGUAUGUUCUAUAGAAAAAAAAAAGAUUGUCUGGGCUGGAGAGAUGGCUCAGGAGUUAAGAACACCAGCUGCAAUCCCAGCAUUCAAGAAGUAGAAGCGUGUGAAUCUCUGAGUUCGAUGCCAUCCUAGUCUACAGAAUGAGUUCCAGGACAACCAGGGCUACAAAAAGAAACCCUGCCUUGGAGAGGGGAAAAGGCCAAGAGAGGAGAGAAUAUGUUUGUGGGACUUUUAAGGAGUACAGGGUUACAGCAUGAUACAGUUCAAAUGUAGGGUUAAGAUGUCUCAUAAAAAACCUAUAAACUGUACCGUCUUGAUAGCCUCCUCCACCUGCCAACCCUGGGGAGGGAAAGGAAAGCCCAGACCAGUCAGUGGCUGUGAAGCCUUCCCUCUAAAUGAAAUGAGGUUGAAAAGAUCAGCCCAUCCCUGCAUUCCCUCCCUUUGGCUGAAUUAUAUGUGCUCUGGCUGCUCUUCCAGAGGUCCUGAGUUUAAUUCCCAACAAUCACAUGGUGGCUCAUGACCAUCUACAAUGAGAUCUGAUGCCCUUCCUGGCACACAGGUGUGCAUGCAGAUAGAGCGUUCAUAUACAUAAGAUAUAUAAGUAAAUAAAUGUUUAAAAGCAUAAAAAGAAAAGAUUGUCUACAGUGUUGGGACACAUUCAGAUACUGGCAUUUAUUUGUGUACAUGUAUGUGCAUGUGGGGUGUGUGUGUGUGUGUGUGUAAGUUAAGCCCCUCAUUUCUCAUCCUCCUCCAGGUGUCGAGCGGUAAAGCCAGCUCUCUGUGACUAUGUCUCUUUUUACACACGGGGUAUUCGUGUACACUCACACCUCUCUAAAUUGAAAACUACCCCACACGGAUGCACACCACCUCAUGGUCCCUCGAAGCUGCCUGGCCACACCUGGCUCAUCACCUGCGUAGGCAGAGGCAUGGUUCCCAGUCUUCACUGAGGUCAUGAAUGAAUCCAUCCAUCACUUCUGAUGAUUUUUGCAAAGCAUUUGUAUCUGUGGCCUUGCCCUUUAGAAGUGUCUUUGCUAAAAGGGAGAGAGAAAUCCAUGCCUUGUUGAUCUUCAUGACUAUUACCACAUCGCCCUCCCUAGAGGCAAGUGCCAAUUUACUUUCACCUACAAUUAUUGAAAAUACUUGCUUUCCCAAAACCUUUUCAAAAAUGUACUAUCAACAUCCAUCACUUCUGAUGUCAUCUUUACCAGCCCAGUGAAAACUGACAUCUGAUUGCUGUUGUUUGAAACUGGAGUCCUCUGAUUGUGAACAAGGUUGACUCUAAUCUGAUUGUUUGCAUGUGGCAUCAGUUUAAACUCUAAGAUCUAGCCACAAGGUUUAAGCUCCCAACAAACGAUCUUUCUGGAGUUCUCCUGGCCCUUUAGAGUCACAGAUUUAAGUCUUAAGCAGGAAAAAAUUGUCUCUCUACACCCAAAGCACCCACUCUGUAUCAGGAAGGGCCCUCUGAAUAAUCAGCAUGAGGGGCUUUUUUUACUCCUUUGUUGAAGCAAUGUGCUGUCUAGACUGGCGUUAGCCAAUCACAUGUGCAGACUUGCUUGCUGCCUGGAAGGGUAGAAUAAAGUUGAGUGAGCCCAUGCACCUCUCCUGACAGUGCCCCCACAGUGAUCCAUGAGCUCUGCUCACCAAUUAUGCUUGAAGACUUGUGAAGCAUGCACUUCCUGCAGGUCCUGCACUAGGAUCUAGGGUUAUUUAAAAAAAAAAAAAAGAAAGUUGCCUCAGGGUUUGGGGUUUUACUGCUGUGUGGUGAGGAGACACCAUGACAAAGGCAACUCUUUUUUUUUUAUUGGAUAGUUUAUGUGUUUACAUUUCAAAUGUUAUCCCCUUUCCUGGUCCCCCCCUUCCAUCUCUUCUCCCCCUGCUUCUCUGAGGAUGCUCCCCCUCCCACCACCCACUCCCACAUCAACAUCCUGGCAUUCCCCUAUACUGGGGCAUCAAGCCUUCACAGGACCAAGGGCUUCUCCUCCUAUUGAGGCCAGACAAUGCCAUCCUCUGCUACGCAUGCAGCUGGAGCCAUGGGUGCCCCCAUGUGGACUCUUUGGUUGGUGGAUUAGUCCUUGGGAGUUCUAGGGGGUCUGGUUGGUUGAUAUUGUUGUUCUUCUUAUGGGGUUGCAAACCCCUUCUGCUCCUUCAGUCAUUUCCCUAACUCCUCCACAGGGGUCCUUGUGCUCAGUCUAAUGGUUAGCUGCCAGCAUCUUAACCUGUAUCAGUAAAGCUCUGGUGGAGUCUCUCAGGAGACAUCCCUUUGGGUUCCUGUCUGCAAGCACUCUUGGCAUCAGCAAUAGUAACUGGGUUUGGUGGCUGCAUGUGGAAUGGAUCCCCAGGAUGGGCAGUCUCUGGAUGGCCUUUCCUUCAGUCUCUGCUCCACUCUUUGUCCCUGUAUUUUGUUCCCCUUUCUAAGAAGGACUGAAGUAUCCACACUUUAGUUGUUCUUCUUCUUGAGCUUCAUGUGGUCUGUGGAUUGUAUCUUGGGUAAUCCGAGCUUUUGGGCUAAUAUCCACUUAUCAGUAAGUACACAUGUGUGGUUUUUAUGUGAUUAGGUUACCUCACUCAGGAUGAUAUUUUCUAGUUCCAUCCAUUUGCCUAUGAAUUUCAUGAAGUAAUUGUUUUUAAUAGCUGAGUAAUACUCCAUUGUGUACCACAUUGUACCACAUUUUCUGUAUCCAUUUGUCUGUUGAAGGGCAUCUGGGUUCUUUCCAGCUUCUGGCCAUUAUAAAUAAGGCUGCGAUGAACAUAGUGGAGCAUAUAUCCUUGUUAUAUGUUGGAGCAUAUUUUGGGUAUAUGCCCAGGAGUGGUAUAGCUGGGUCCUCAAGUAGCACUAUGUCCAAUUUUCUGAGGAACCACUAGACUGGUUACCAGAGUGGUUGCACCAGCUUGCAAUCCCACCAACAAUGAAGGAGUGUUACUCUUUCUCCACAUCCUCCACAGUAUCUGUUGUCCCCUCAGUUUUUGAUCUUAGCCAUUCUGACUGGUGUGAGUUGGAAUUUCAGGGUUGUUUUGAUUUGCCUUUCCCUGGUGACAAAGGAAGUUGAAACAUUUCUUUAGGUGCUUCUUAACCAUUCAAUAUUCCUCAUUUGAGAAUUCUUUGUUAGCUCGGUACCCCAUUGUUUAAUUGAAUUAUUUUGUUCUCCAAUGCAACUAUUAUUAUAAGGACAACAUCUAAUUGGGGCUGGCUUACAGAUUCAGAGGUUCAGUCCAUUAUCAUUAAGGUGGGAACAUGGCAGCAUCCAGGCAGGUAUGGUAAAGGAUGAGCUGAGAGUUCUACAUCUUCAUCUGAAUGCCCCUAGCAGAAUCCUGGCUUCCAGGCAGCUAGGAUGAGGGUCUUAAAGCCCACAUCCACAGUGACACACCUACUCCAACAAGGCCACACCUGUUCCAACAAGGCUACACCUCCAAAUAGUGCCACUUCCUGGGGUCAAGCAUAUGCAAACCAUAACAGAAGCCAAUCCACUUCCUUAUAGAAUUUGGAAGUGUAGGGAGGAAAUGACAGGCAAACAAAUAAUCAAAGUAUAACGAGGUAGGUGCUGUGAUAGGGGAUCAGCACACAGGACCAAAACCAUCCAAGGAGGACCUGAAAGUUUCAGUGGGAAGUGUUGUGACAACUGAGAACAUUCUAAAGUAGCUGACCAAAAACAUAGAGGAAAGGCAUUGGAGAAAACUAAGAAAACUGCUACAGUGGCAGUUGGGUAUAGAGUAGUGAUGAGGAAGGUUUGCAGCCCCAGACUGCUGAUGCGUCCAGCCUGACAGGGCCAUUGAUUUCAUCCUAUGCACUCAUAGGAUCAUUGAGACUUUUGGGGGCUUGGUCAUGUUUGAUGUAUACUUGAGCUAAAUAGAGUAUUGGAUAAGCCUGGAGUCCUAGACAUUUAGGAACCAGAAUCCUCUCAUUCCAUGGCUUCACUGUGUGUGUGUGUGUGUGUGUGUGUGUGUGUGUGUGUGUGUGUGUGUGUACGUGUGCGUGUAUACGUGUGCGUGUGAAGGCCAGAAGUCAACCUUAGGUGCCACCCUAGAAAGGUUUUGUUGAGACAGAGUCUCUCAGUGCAGGACAGGAUGUAAGGCUCAAGGAUUAGGCUACCCUCCUCCAGCUUUUGAAGAGAUUAAGCUCCAGUCCUCCUGUUCUCAAGGCAAGCACUUUACCAACUCUUGACAACAGCGCCAACUUUGAAGGUAAAGCCAGAACUUAAAUGUCAUGCAAAAUGGACAAAUUCACCCUUAGAUUAACUAGGGAAUAGAAGAGGCCUCAGUGUCCUACCAAGGAAAGAACAGCAAUGGACGGUGGGACUUUUAGAUCUGGACUGAUCCACAUUGCAGGAGACUGCAAAGCAGUAGCCUAGCUGGUGAACCCCUUCCAUGGUGUACUGCUACCGUGCCAUUCCCAUCUCCCUGUGGAUAUUCCUUCCCUAAAAGGACAUGAUGAGCCCCAGCCCACAGUGAGGGAGAAAACCCUCACUGUCCCCUCUCUAACCAGAGUCAGCCAUUAUCCUCACCACAUACUGCACCCAAGAAUCCAGGGUGAAGGAAGGAAGCACUUUAGAGGUAGCUUUGGCAAUCCUCACUGACUGGUCCCAUGCUCAUAAAAUACAGUGCUUAACCGGCACAGCCAUUGGGGUGGCCAAUUUGAAAAAUAAUUACUGCCAUCUUUGAGAUUACUUUGCCUUCUAAUUAAAAUCUCAAGACUAGGAUAUUAAAGGUGCAUUGUCAAUAAACUUUGUGGAUGCACCCAGCUAACCUCAUUUGGGAAGGCAAAAUUAAUUAGUUUGUGUUUUAACACCCAGCUGUUAUCCCAAGGAAUGGAAUAGUCUACAAAUCAGCCACGCAGUUCUAAAUUGGCCAGAGUGACUGUGGAGACAGAAAGGAAAUCAGGAGUGAUCUGUUCCUACCUAACGUAGUCAGCUUCUAUUACAAGCUGCUCAUUAAAUGGAGCCCCCAUGUCCCUGUCAGACAAGGUUCAGGAGUUCCUGUUUACCUUGGAGGCAGAAUAAGGAGUAAGUGGGUCCCUCCAACAAAAGCCAUCACACUUUGCUUUAUUCUGGAACCAUGUGGGCCAUUAACACCUUUCUCAGGUAGGAAUUAUGGGUGGAAACUCUGGCACUGAGUCUGAAGAGCUGUGUAUCCAUUCCUGUCUCAAUGUCCACAGUUCCGAAGCUGUGCACAAUGCUAGCUUCCCCUUUCUUCUUUCCCACAUCUACCCAUUUUACAGUUUCAUUUGAGUGAAAUGGAUGUGGCACACAACAGAUCUCAGGUCUACUAUCCAGACCUGCUACAAUGGCAAAGCUUCAAGUUCCAGGAGUUUAACGAAAUCGAUGCUUGUGGCUCACUCUUACCAAAUGUAAUGGGAGUUGUUCCUAGCUCUCUUCUUUGGAGACCUAUGAUGCACCUUAUUUUAACCAACCCAUCUUCAGAUUAGGGGAAAAGAAAAUAGAAGCCUCCCUUGCUGUAAUCUGGGUACCAGAACUGGUGAUAUAACCCAGCUUAACCUCAAGGAUACUGGGAUGUGUGGGGCGGGGAGAUGGGGGGAGCACACUGUGGGUUCCAGAAAUGCUACUGCCUCUGCCUAGGGAAGCAGGUACAGCAUGCAGAGAGCUGGAUGACUGCAUCCUAUAAAGGAAUGUAAGCCUUGAAGCCCCAAUUGCUAAGCACAGAAAAAGAGUAGGGGGAAAGCUCGUGGCGAUCAAGUAGUGUGACUGACAGGUUGAGCCAGGGAGGAGUUAGAGGAAAAACAAGACUCUUUCAGGAAGAGGGGACGGAUGUGCUUAAUUUGGGGAAAGAGAAAAAGAGAGUUCAUGCAAGAUGCAGACGGGAAGAGGUAUGGAAUGGAGAGAUCUCAGUAUGAACAUGUCAUGGCACUGUCCCCUGCUAGCUGCUUGCUUGUCCCAUUGAUUAAACUCAUACAACAUAGCUUCUGGGCAUUGCAUUACUAGCCUGCAUAGAAAUUCAUUUCAGAGAGCUGUCCCCUGCUAAGGCCUUACUAUCAGAAAGUAAACAAAGCAUAAAUCCCUAGGAUAGAAUUUGGUGGUUAGUUCGGGGAGUGAGCCUCAGUGUGGUUCAUGGGUCUCUGGAUAAUAUCAGCUGCAACUUGCUGAACUCUGGAUAACUGUAGUUGCAGCUACAGCCAUGUCACCCCAACCCUGACCCACAUGGAAUCGCCACAGGGUGAAAACUGCCCCAGAGGCCAAGAUUGGGAAACACAUCUUAUAUCUAAACCCUGUCUAAUCCUAUGCAUAUGGACUUGCUUCUGCUCAGGAAAAUCUUCCUGGUCCACUGCCUUUGCCUCUGUCCACUGAAAGCGGAAGAGAAGUUCAAUCUAGGAGGUACCCUAACCACAGACAGAUUCCAUCUGACUCACUCACUUAAUAAGGUCUCACAUGACACUUUUAAGUAAAUAUAUUUUUGAUAAUAUUGGGAAUCGAACCCAGAGCUUCAUGCAUGCUGGACAAUUGUUCUACCACUGAAUGCCCACAGUGUUCUACACACACACACACACACACACACACACACACACACACACACACACACACUUUCUAGUGCUUUUAAAAACAACUCAGAAAAUCUUAGCGUCACCUCACAGAGCCACAAUAAAAUUGGCCAUUCCUGAAGAUGCAUGCCACCAUUGCCACUGCGCCCCAUUAUGUGACAACACAGAGGGCAGACACCAGUUCUCCUUAUACACACCCCAACUCCCACUUUACUCCACUGUAACUCGGCCAAGUUGCUGGGCUGGCUGAGUUCUCAUCUUUCCUAUAUUUACUCUGUCCCUCUUUCCCUUCCAAAUAAAACCUGUAUUUGGGUUCUUUCCCACCUCAUAGUCAGAACAGGAGUUACUGGAGUUAGAGAAAUCUCAGUGUGCAGACUACACAAAGGGGUAGGCUUCAGGCAUCUCCUAAAGUUCCUGGUGUUGCAGUGGACAAUGAAUUAAGAAACUUCACAUUAGGGCUAAAAUGUGAUAGGCUACCUUAGCAAAGGGCAAGCUCCCCAUUACUGGAUGUGUGUCAGUUGAAGCAGAUGAACAUUUCCCAGGGUGGGAGGGAGGACCUGCCAUUGUUGGCUAUCCUUCUGAGACUCAUCUUUAAAAAAACAAACAACAAAAAAAAUGUUACUGAAGUACAAUUGAUACCUAUUACUUCCCAUUUUGUAGCUGCAGUUUGAUGAGCUGUAACCACCAGUUGUGAAAUCACCUGCACAAUCCUGCUUUUAAGGCUUUUAUCACUAUUAAAAGCCCUUUUAUACCCAUUUUCAGCCACUUGGAAUCGUCUCCUUACAGAACCCCUGCCUUAUCUCCCAGGGCCUUCCAGGUUCAUCUCAUAGCCCCGUUGAACAGAGAACACCAUGGUGACUCAGGAGCCCCAACUUCAGCAUCAAGCAUCCCUAAACAACCACUGUGCGUCAUUGCUGUUAGUUGCCAGACCCACAUCUUAGCAUCGUGUACUUCCCUGGCCAACCAUGUAGUCUCAAAGGACAAAGAACAUAAGUGUGCAAUCAGAGGACCUGAUGAAGGGAGCCUCAUUUCCACCCCUCACCAAUAGGAUCUUGUUUAAUCCUUGAGAACUUCCUAAUGCCCCAGUCUGUGGUAUGACCACUAUGUGAAACCCAGGGUGAGGAGUAGAAUACUGUGAAGGGCUACUGAAAUCAAGGCUAGACUUCAGUUGAGCUACAUGAGGGGAGUGGCUGUGGAAUGUUAUUAGGAUGGCUGGUAUAUUAGUCAGGGUUCUCUAAAAUAACAAAUACAUACAUGCAUAUGUAUAUAUGUAUAAAGAUGAUUUGUUAGAAUGACUUACAGUCUGUGGUCCAGCUAAUUCAACAAUGGUUAACUAUCAGUGGAAGGACCACUAAUCUAGUAGUUGUCCAGUCCAUAAGGCUGAAUGUUUCAACUGGUCUUCGGUAUAUGCCAGAAUCCUGAAAAAGUGAGCUCUAAUACCGCAGAAAGAAUAGAUUUGCUAGUGAGGCAAAAGCAAGCAGGCGAAAAACAAUACCUUCCUUCUUCCAUAUUCUCAUACAGACUUCCAACAGAAGUACAGACCAGAUUAGAGGUGGGUCUUCCCACCUCAAAAGUUCUGGAUUCAAGGUAUAUCUUCCCAUCUUAAACAUCAAAAUUAGAAGUGCAUCUUUCUGCUUCAAAUUAAGCAAAAAUCCCUCACAGGUGUGCCCUAUAUGGGAGGGGAGUAGUUAUUUCCAAAUGUAGUCAAGUUGACAGCCAAGAAUAGCCAUCAUAGUUGGAGAAGAAUAAGGGUCACAAGAUGGACUUUUCAAAGCAUGAACUUCUCAAAAGAUCAGAACAGCAUUGCAAUAUGGGGCAGUUGGAAGGAAACCUCACAAAGUACAGCCUUUCAGAAACACCCAAGUAGUUGCAAUCUGUACUUCUGGUAUCCUGUGGAUUCUUGGAACAAUGACAUCAAUUCCCCUCUUAGCUUAGGAUCUCCAGCGUCAAUAUCUCCCAUGAGAUAUCUCUCAUUGGCAGUAUGGCUAACUAAUGUUAUCUACCUAACUCAUCAAAAGUUUUUAUUGCUAUGAAAAGACACCAUAACCACAGCAUCCUGGAACCCUGUGGGACUUACUACACAUAGGCUACCCCUCAUAUUCUCAAUAUAUUUUCUUUCAGACAAGUGACACCCCAACCCAUGCCUGUAGCUAACCCAUGGAAAGUAGGCUAUGACCCUGUGGAAGCUCAGUGUAAGGGAAGGAAAAACUAAACACAGCCCUCUGUUCUGAAAUCAGACCUCCUUCCAUGUAAGUGAUAAUACACUUCUUCAGCAGUUCUAUCCCUUAGCACAGAGGCAGCAAGAGAGAUGAACCCACAGUAUAAUGAAAAGUCACACAUGUGCACAGGCAUGCGUGUGCACUGCAGUCCCAUGAGAUGUCAACAGCCUGGAAAAGAACCUAUUAACAGGUGACCUCAGGUACAACCCAGAGACCAAGACAAAAGUGCAACAAACUCUUGAUAGGGGAAGCACUAUGAGACAACAUAGGGCCUUGGAAGAGAGCUGUGGCCAUUUAUACUUGGGAGGCUGAUACAGUGUAGGGAAAGUCAAAGCUGCCCAUGUAGCCAGGGCAGGUCUUUUAGAGUUUCCACCAUGGAAUUCGAAUGCCCCGUGGAAAUGGGAGAGGUUUCUGAGAGAUGCCCAGGAGGCUGUAAGGAGUAGGGGGAGGGGCAAUGGUUGACUAUCACCAUAGAAACAGUAGUAGGAGAAGAAAGGAAAGAUCUGUGCUGUGUCCACAGACUUGUUCUUUACUGUUUUCAAUUGUGUCCUCUGUGUUUGCAGUUACCAGAGACACUGCACAGCUCUGUCUUUGUCGUUCCAUCUUCUCCCCUGUUGGAAAAAAUCUAGUUGCUAGGAAGUUUCUAGGUUCCCAUAGGAUAAAAUGGAGGAGACAGAAGGAAGAGAGCCUCCAAGUGACAAACUUAGAGAACAACCAUGGUUAUACAAAGGAUCACCAAUCUCCCACUGUGCCCAGGAGAACUACAGGCCUGGAUGUGGUCAUUUGAACCCACAGUCUCUGAUCUCGGUCCAAAGUGACAUUAACAUCAGAACAGAUAGACAGUCCUGUUGGAGGGGUAGGUUGUGGGGGUCCUCAGAAUACCUUUUAUUUGAUCAAACAUUGCAAAUAUUGCAUAUUUUAAUUACGUGGAUUAUUAGGCAUUUGUAACAUCAUCAAAUUCAUAAGCUAAUGCUUCCUCCAAAGCAAAGAAAUGUUCUAGGGUUGACUCUGGGAUCUUUUGGGUUCCCUUUUUGAGCUGCAGAAAGAGCCAUUGUAUAUAAAGGAUUUCUUGGGCUUCUAGGAAGCCUUUCCCUCCUCUACACUCCCUGCCAACUAAAAUCACUAUGAAGAACACACACACACACACACACACACACACACACACACACACACACACACAGUUUUAACCUUCAACAGUAAGUAAUAUUUCGCUCUGGUGUCCUACUUCCAGCAUGAAUUUAAUAAGCUCAUCUGAGGAUAAAGCUGCAUGUGUUGCUGUGCUGUAGGACAUCAGAAACCAUGCUGGCCUUCACUUCAGUGGAAUAGUGGCAAGUGGGAGCUUGUGAGAUGCUGUGCCAUGAAGGUUGUUUAAGGACAGAAAAUGAUGGUCUGGGUCUGGUUUAGAGACACAUUGGGCCAGCUCAGUGGUCAGAAAUUCUGCCUUCGAAUUGGCACAGAAACCUGGCUAUUAAGCUUGUUCUGCCGGGGGAAGUGGGGGGGAGUGGAGCUUUAACUACAAAUAAAGAGAUGAGGGGGGCACUCAGUUUGUCCAGAGACAAACAGUAGGAAUCGAGAAUGAUGGCAAGCAGAAGGUUUCUCAUGUGGAGAGAGAUUUCUAGACUCUCCUGGAAUGGUAGAACCUGGAGGUGUCUGGACUACAUGGCAAUAUGAAAAAUGAGAUUCAUCAAAGACUUUCUCCAAGACACAGAAAACUGACGAUGGUACCAUCUGAAUUGCAUAUCUCCAUGCUCUGGGCAUGAUUCUUCAUCCAGAAUGAAGACAGACUCUUCUAUGCUGAGGUCCUGGCUAAGGUACACAGACACACACAGAGCUCCACUCACCUAGGAAGCCUCCUCUAGCGUCCUGCUCUCUGUACUUCUCUGUGUUUCCUCUCAUCAUUCUUUGACAGAGUCCCAAGGCAGGAAAUACUGCCUUGCUAUUCAAGGUGGAUGAUAAAAUAAGGUGGUAGAUCUUUAGAAGAAACAUAUAGAGAGAAUCCAGCCCAGACCACUGCCCAGAGUGCCUUGGCUCUGCAGAAAAGCUACAUGCAUGGUCAGAGAACAGCAGCUGCCUCAGAGGGCAGGGCUUCUGGGAGCACUGAUAGGAAACAAGCCCAACUGUGCCUGCUCAAGUGAAGAAAACGAAUGGGACUCUCUGUAAGGCAGUGGGCUCUGUAGAAGCAAACAUGCUUUCAUAGAGAUCAGGACACACCAAAGCAUGUUGAUGGUGGCUCUUUAAUGUUCUUAGUGUGGUUGCAUAGUCAUAAUUGGAGCCCUAUGGUCGCAAAGCCAAAAAUAUUUAUCUUCCAGUCUGUUACAAAAAAAAAACAAAACAAAAACAAAAACAAACAAAACAAAAACAAAAAAACAAAAAAACUGCUAACCCUGCUUCAAUUGUCAAUAGGUUUGAGUUCAAAACAAGAUACAUGCCACGUGAGUGGCCUUGGGCUGCCAGUUUUCAUCUUGGCACCCCAGACCUCACAGACUUUCACAGGAAAGCACAGACUCAAGGUGUAGUCCAGGUGCUUAACUGUGGAGGUGAUCAGACUUCUGAGAAGGAUGCCUUGGGUCUGUGACGUGGUGAUUGGCUCUUGGAGUGGCCAAGAAAAAAGUUUCUUUCUUCUUGGAAAGAAGUAGUCACAAACACAUUUCCUGAUUGUUUCUUGACGUGUUUGUUUAUAAUGUAUAAUAUAUAGUGGGUAUAUGGGGGGGAGGUGCACAUGCAUGCCUUGCAUGCAAGUAUGUAUGUAUGGAUACACGGUUGAUAUUAUGUAUCUUUGCUCUCUGCCUUCUUUUUAGAGACAGGGUCUCUUGCUAACCCAGAGCUCACUGAUUGGCUAGGCUGGGUGACCAAUGAGCUCCAGAGAUCCUCCUGUUUCCACUGGGAGGUACCCAACAGGGCUAGAGGUGUACUCCUCCCACUUUUACCUGGGUACUGAGGAACCCAAACAGAUUCUUAUGCUUGCAAGCCAAGAAUUCACCAACCGAGCCAUCUUCCCAGGCUUUAGGGUUCCUUUUCUAACUUCUUUUUUUUUC